GCCGCCCUCCUCCCCGGCCCGCCCGCCGCUCCGAGCUGCCUGAGAGGAAACAAAGUGCUGCGGGCGGGAGACUCGGCGGCGGCUGCGCGCGCCCUGCUCGGCCUCUUCCCGCGCGUGUGAGUGUACGUGCGCGUGUUUUUUAACAAAGGGCGUCUGCCCGCGAUCGCUUGGCCGUUUGUGCCGCCUUCCGCGGUGCUCCUGGUCCCCACGCCGGCCUCCCUUCGUCGCCCCGCCGAUCGCCGCCCGCCAUGGCGACCGCGACCCCCGUUCCGUCGCGGACCGGCAGCCGCGCCAGCGCCCCGGCCACGCCGCUGAGUCCCACGCGGCUGUCGCGGCUGCAGGAGAAGGAGGAGCUGCGGGAGCUCAACGACCGCCUGGCGGUGUACAUCGACAAGGUGCGCAGCCUGGAGACGGAGAACAGUGCGCUGCAGCUGCAGGUGACCGAGCGCGAGGAGGUGCGCGGUCGCGAGCUCACCGGUCUCAAGGCGCUCUACGAGACCGAGCUGGCCGACGCGCGGCGUGCGCUGGACGACACGGCCCGCGAGCGCGCCAAGCUGCAGAUCGAGCUGGGCAAGUUCAAGGCCGAGCACGACCAGCUGCUGCUCAACUAUGCUAAGAAGGAAUCUGAUCUUAACGGAGCCCAGAUCAAGCUUCGAGAAUAUGAAGCCGCACUGAACUCAAAAGAUGCAGCUCUGGCCACUGCUCUUGGUGACAAAAAGAGUUUAGAGGGGGAUCUGGAAGACCUGAAAGACCAGAUCGCCCAGUUGGAAGCCUCCUUAUCUGCUGCCAAAAAACAGUUAGCAGAUGAAACUUUGCUUAAAGUGGAUUUGGAGAAUCGUUGUCAGAGCCUCACCGAGGACUUGGAGUUUCGUAAAAACAUGUAUGAAGAGGAGAUCAAUGAGACAAGAAGAAAGCAUGAGACUCGCUUGGUAGAGGUGGAUUCUGGGCGUCAGAUUGAGUAUGAGUACAAGCUGGCUCAAGCGCUUCAUGAGAUGAGAGAACAGCACGACGCCCAAGUGAGGCUGUACAAGGAAGAGCUGGAGCAGACCUACCAUGCCAAACUCGAGAAUGCCAGACUGUCCUCAGAGAUGAACACUUCUACGGUCAACAGUGCCAGGGAAGAAUUGAUGGAGAGCCGUAUGCGGAUCGAGAGCCUUUCAUCUCAGCUGUCUAACCUUCAGAAAGAGUCUAGGGCAUGUUUGGAAAGGAUUCAAGAAUUGGAGGAUUUGCUUGCUAAGGAGAAAGACAACUCUCGUCGUAUGCUGUCUGACAAAGAGAGAGAGAUGGCAGAAAUAAGGGACCAGAUGGAGCAGCAGUUGAGCGAUUACGAGCAACUCCUUGAUGUGAAGCUUGCCCUGGACAUGGAGAUCAGCGCUUAUAGGAAACUCCUAGAAGGCGAAGAGGAGAGGUUAAAGCUUUCUCCAAGCCCUUCUUCCCGUGUGACCGUGUCCCGAGCAUCUUCUAGUCGCAGUGUACGCACGACUAGAGGAAAGCGGAAGAGAGUUGACGUUGAAGAAUCGGAGGCGAGCAGUAGUGUUAGCAUCGCCCAUUCUGCCUCAGCCACCGGGAAUGUGUGUGUUGAAGAGAUAGAUGUUGAUGGGAAAUUUAUUCGCCUGAAGAACACUUCGGAACAGGAUCAACCAAUGGGAGGCUGGGAGAUGAUCAGAAAAAUUGGAGACACAUCAGUCAGUUACAAAUAUACCUCAAGAUACGUGCUGAAGGCAGGCCAGACUGUCACUAUUUGGGCUGCAAAUGCUGGUGUCACAGCCAGUCCUCCCACUGACCUCAUCUGGAAGAAUCAGAACUCCUGGGGCACUGGUGAAGAUGUGAAGGUUAUAUUGAAAAAUUCUCAGGGAGAGGAGGUUGCUCAAAGAAGUACAGUCUUUAAAACAACUGUACCUGAAGAGGAGGAAGAAGAGGAGGAGCCUGUUGGAGUGGCAGUUGAGGAGGAGCUUUUCCACCAGCAGGGAGCACCAAGAGCAUCCAAUAGAAGCUGUGCCAUCAUGUAAACCUCUCAAUUCGGCUGUCUUCCCCAAGACAGAGAAGCAUGGUAAUC